AUGAAGUCUAAAGAUAUACGAAAAGUAGUACUGCGACUGACUCAUGACGGUAUGUCAUCGCUACAAAUUGCUAAACAACUACGAAAAGUGGUCAGUGAGCGAACAGUCAGACGAUGGCAACAUAUGUAUAGAAGCACCGUUACAAUUGAUUUGAAAACACCUGCUGGUAGACCCAGAAUUAUACGAACAAAAAGUCUUAUUCGAAAAGUCAAGAAUAGGUUUAUUUACAAAGGUCGACAAAGUGCAAGGAAAUUAGUUAAUUCACGUGGUAUUUCGAAGGGGACAAUUGGUCGCAUUAUUCAUGAGGAUCUUCAUUUACAUGCUUAUCGUGUUAUAGUUGAGUCAAAUCUAAAUGAUGAACAUAAACAACGAAGAGUAUCAAUUACAUAUUGGGUACGAAAGUUUUUAAGAAAAAAAGAUCGAGAAAAAAUCUUAUUUACUGAUGAAAAGUACUUCGAAUUAGGUGGCAUUUUCAAUCGCCAAAAUGACCGUGUUUAUGCUCCCUCUCGAUACUACGCUGAUGAACACAAAGGAACAAAGCCGACGGCCAAGUUUCCAAAAAAAACUUAUGGUAUGGCUUGCGGCAUCGAAAAAUGGUCUUUUACUUCCAAUUAUUUGUGA